GGCGGGGAACUUGGGCGCCCCGGAGCCCCUCACACUCCGGGAAACGUACUGGGAGGGCUCCCAGGAGCGCUACCGGCAGAGGGAGGUGAAGCUCAGGGCCAAGGGCACCAAGAAGGUCGAGAAUAAGUAUCGGCUGGAGAAGAAGCCCAAUUUGCUGAAGGACCCAAAGCAGGUGGAGACCAAGGAGAACGCGGUCCUCAAGGGGGAGACACGCAAACCCUGUUUCUUCUGCGUGUCGGAGCAGCAGAGACGGCGGCCCACGAUCCGAUUCCGCCUUUUCCCCAAACCCUGCCGCCAGUCGCAGUGGUCCUCGCUCUGCCACACCUCGGUCAGUGUCAUUAACGAGCUGGCGAAGAUGGGCGACCCAGACGUCCUGGAAAUGGUGCAGGAGGAAGAGAGAAUAUCCAAUAAAGAAGCAGAAUAUAUUUUCGGAAUGAAUGAGCAGUCCCUGAGCAGCAGAGAGACCAGCUUCCUCAUCAGUGAAGAGCCAGUGUCUACCAAGCGAUACAAUUUGUUCCUGAAGCGACGUCUUUUGUUUAAAAAAGACAAACAAAGCAAAGAUUCUAUCUUCUUCCGAGAUGGGAUUAGGCAAAUUGAUUUUGUGCUUUCCUACGUUGAUGACUUAAAGAAAGAAGCAGACCCCAAGGCGGAAAGGAGAAAAGAAUUUGAACAAAAUCUCAGAAAAACGGGUCUUGAGUUGGAAAUUGAAGACAAAAGGAAUUCUGAAGAUGGAAAGACCUAUUUUGUCAAGAUCCAUGCCCCUUGGGAGGUACUAGUUACUUACGCUGAAGUGUUGGGAAUCAAAAUGCCUAUUAAGGAGAGCGAUAUUCCUCUACCCGAGAAUAUCCCAUUCAGCUGUAUGCUUGAGCCGCUGAAGCUCCCAAGGAAUGUGAAGCACCCUCAUCCUGAGUAUUUCACUGCCCAGUUCACCAGACAUCGGCAGGAACUCUUCCUCAUUGAAGACAAGUCAAGCUUCUUUCCGUCCUCAUCAAGAAACAGAAUUGUUUAUUAUAUUCUCUCACGGUGUCCUUUUGGCAUAGAAGAAGGGAAGAAAAAGUUUGGGAUUGAAAGACUGCUAACUUCGAAUACCUAUUCAUCUGCCUAUCCACUCCACGAUGGUCAGUAUUGGAAGCCAUCAGAACCUCCUAACCCUGUCAAUGAGAGGUACACACUUUGCCAAAAUUGGGCUCGGUUUUCCUAUUUUUACAAGGAGCAGCCUUUAGAUUUGAUUAGGAAUUAUUACGGAGAAAAAAUUGGCAUGUAUUUUGUCUUUCUUGGAUUUUACACAGAAAUGCUGUCCUUUGCGGCGAUAGUUGGCUUAGCUUGUUUCAUUUACGGCUUAUUAUCAAUGCAUAAUAACUCAAGCAGCACUGAAAUCUGUGACCCUCAGAUUGGAGGACAGAUUAUCAUGUGCCCACUCUGUGAUCUAGUGUGUGAUUAUUGGAGACUAAAUACAACGUGUUUGGCUUCAAAGAUCUCCCAUUUGUUUGAUAACGAGUCCACAGUGUUCUUUGCAAUAUUCAUGGGAAUUUGGGUCACGUUGUUCUUGGAGUUUUGGAAACAGCGACAAGCCAGAAUGGAAUAUGAGUGGGACCUGGUGGACUUUGAAGAGGAGCAGCAACAGCUUCAGCUGAGACCUGAAUUUGAAGCCAUGUGCAAACACAGGAAAAUAAAUGCAGUGACUAAGGAGAUGGAACCUUAUAUGCCUCUAUACAGCCGCCUCCCAUGGUACUUUUUAUCUGGAGCUACGGUCACGCUAUGGAUGUCUCUUGUCAUUGCCUGUAUGGUAGCCGUGAUUGUGUACCGCCUGUCAGUCUUUGCUACGUUUGCUAGCUUUAUGGAAAGUGAAGCAUCCUUUAAGCAUGUCAAAAGUUUCCUCACCCCCCAGAUAGCUACCUCCCUCAGUGGAUCCUGCUUAAACUUUAUCGUCAUCUUGAUCUUGAAUUUCUUUUACGAAAAGAUAUCUGCGUGGAUUACAAAAAUGGAAAUUCCUCGAACUUACCAGGAAUAUGAGAGCAGUCUUACCCUGAAAAUGUUCCUGUUUCAGUUUGUAAAUUUUUACUCGUCCUGCUUCUACGUAGCUUUUUUUAAAGGGAAGUUCGUGGGCUAUCCCGGAAAAUACACAUAUUUGUUUAAUGUGUGGAGAAGUGAAGAGUGUGAUCCUGGAGGCUGUCUAGUAGAAUUGACAGCCCAGUUGACCAUCAUAAUGACUGGGAAACAGAUCUUCGGAAACAUUAAAGAAGCCAUUUAUCCUCUGGUUCUGAAUUGGUGGAGACGUCGAAAAGCUCGGACCAAUUCCGAAAAGCUAUACAGUCGAUGGGAGCAGGAUCAUGACCUUGAAACUUUUGGAUCUCUUGGGCUAUUUUAUGAGUACUUAGAAACAGUUAUCCAAUUUGGAUUUGUCACAUUAUUUGUGGCCUCUUUUCCUUUGGCUCCUCUUCUUGCUCUCUUGAAUAAUAUUAUAGAGAUCCGAGUGGAUGCCUGGAAACUUACAACUCAGUACAGAAGACCAGUAGCUGCUAAAGCUCAUAGCAUUGGUGUUUGGCAAGACAUUCUUUAUGGAAUGGCUGUCCUUUCUGUCGCAACUAAUGCUUUUAUUGUUGCAUUUACCUCGGACAUCAUUCCCCGUUUAGUUUACUACUAUGCCUACUCGAAGGAUGCCGCAGCGCCCAUGAAAGGAUAUGUCAAUGACAGCCUGUCAACAUUCCUGAUAGCCGAUUUUCCAAACCACACUGCGCCUUGGGAGAAACGAGACUUCACCACUUGCAGGUACAGAGAUUACAGAUAUCCACCUGAUCAUGACCAGAAAUAUUUUCAUAAUAUGCAGUACUGGCACGUCCUUGCUGCCAAGAUGACCUUCAUCAUCGUUAUGGAACAUGUUGUGUUUUUAGUUAAAUUUUUGUUGGCCUGGAUGAUCCCUGAUGUUCCAAAAGAUGUUCUGGAGAGAAUCAAGCGAGAAAAGUUAAUGACUAUCAAGAUUCUCCAUGACUUUGAGCUUAACAAAUUAAAAGAGAACUUGAGAGCUAAUUCAAGUGAACUUGCCAAAGAAGUCCUGAUUCAGGAAAACAAAGCACAACUGGCUAAAUCGACAGUCUAGUCAACAUACUGAACAAGCCCUGGUGGCCUGUUAGGCUUCACAGUCUCCCUUGGGUUUUGGGCCAGAAGCCAGAAGCCACAUGUCAGUUUCAGAUUCACCCUGCCUCCUCCUCCUCCUCCUCCUCCUCCUCCUGCUCCUCCUCCUCCUCUUCCUUUUUAAAUUCAGAGUUUUCUGUACACAUUUACAGAGACCAACUUUGUGAGGUUGGAAGAAUACUGCUGGUCUUCUUCAUUGACUGAGCCCUCCCCAGAUAUUGUUUUCUGGAGUUCUAUAAAUGAUUGUUAAAAGUGCAUAUUGAGUCAGAAUAGUGGAGUCAUGGAAUGUUGCAGUUUAGAAUUAAACACUCGACUUGGGCUGUCCCAUCAUGUUCCAGUGCAUCUGCACAUUUUCAUGGGCUUCUACUGGGUUCUUUUAUAACUUCUUCCCAUCAAGAAAAAUGUUGGGGCAUGGAGAAAAGUGAAGAGGCCUGCUGAACCGUAUAUAUCCUGUCAUCUUAGACCAUGUGAAUGAAAACCCCAAAUCAGAUGACUUAAGGAAACUCACACAUUAAAAACGUUGAGUAAAUAUUAUGGCAGGGGUUUUUUCCUGAAAUCACCCUCAAUAAGUUAAGCUUCCAUCAGAAUCACAGAUAGCCCUAACAGGUCAAUACAGAAUUGAUUUUUAAAGAGACAACAUUUGGGUUUCAACAAAAGUCUAACGUCUCAGUUCUUUAAAGACAACAUUUUGGUAAUAGCAGUUUCAAGGCCGGAUUAUCUUAUCGGGAAAACAGCGUUAAGAAUUGUUAGGUUGCUUGAGUUCUUCAAGUAAAUGAAAGAUAUUGUAGAGAAGUAAAUGUGUCUUCUUAGUAGUUAACAAACACAAGACAAUAUUGAUUAGUUUGUUGAAUUAUUUUUAAAACUCAUUUUUCUUCUACAAUGUGUAUGUUGCAUCAUGAAGCCUGUUUGUGCAUUCUCUCUUUAUAUAAAUUGGGUACAAGUUGUUUAUGAAAUUUGAUCUCUCUGUUUAAAGCAAUCUCGAAUCUUCUAAUGGAUUUAUACUGUUUUCUAUUGAUGCAUCGCUCCAUACAGUCCUCAGUGCCUCGUCCUGAUGCCUUUGACACCCAAGAAGUGGUUGUAUUGUCAUCUGACAUGAUGUAACAUCUCAAAUGUAGCUUGUUUUAGAGAAAUUGUCGAUUUAACAUCAGUCACGGAGUUUAACACCAAAAGUAGAUCAACCAGGUAGGAAGGGGGUAAUGGAUUUUAUAGCCAAGUGAAAAAAACCUCUGGCACAGGUACACCUGUUCUUUUUUUCUCUUAAAAAAUAUUUCAUACAUAUUUUUAACACUACAGACUGAGAGAUCCAGUUAAGUUAUAUAGUAUUUGUAUCCAUAGCUUCAAAUUACACUUCAGUUCAAAAAGAAUGAUUUUUUUUAACUGUAUACAGAAGAAGAGGCUUUAUCACAAGAUUUUUUUAAGUAGUGUUUCAUUAUUGGAUACUAAUACAUUUUUGUAGAAUUGCCAAUAUUAAGUAUAUGGCAGGUGGUAUUAAUUAAUGGUCAAUAUUAAGCAUUUAGAAAUGAGGAUAAUGAAUUUUAUAAAACCAUGAGACAGUUACCCCCAAAUCGGCAGUAAUGAUUUGUCAUUCACUGGGUAGAUUUUGAAACAUUUUUGUGUAAUUUAAAAUGAUCUCAUUACUGAAAAAAUGAUUUCAUAUGAGGAGGAGACGUAUAUUUUGCUUGAGAACACCAGUCAAUGUUACUAUGAAAUAAGCCACAGACGCAAUAUCUUUGGCUUGUCAAACCAAAUUCUGUGUUAUUACAGUGUUGACCCUUGUGCAUGGCCCAUAUGUAUUGCUUUCUUCCUAGGUGCUAAUAAAAUAAGGAAGAGUGUGGAAACUGG